AUGUGUUACCCGAAACCAGAUCCAACCCUAUUCAAGACAACCGACCUAUCGUCCUACACACGCCGUAAGUCCGACACGUACACAAAACACCCAACACUAACCCCUGUCCGGCUGUGUACACAAGACCCCUACACCACUACACCAAACACCAGACCCCCAUCCCGAUACCAGAUCCCCUUCCCCCCAUCACGAGACCACAACCCCAACAUCAGGCCCAGCACCCGAGACCAGAACACGGCACCAGACCCCAUCCCGACACAAGACCCCCAUCUUGACACCAGACCCACAUCCCGACACAAGACCCCCCCCAUCCCGACACCAGACCCCCAUCCCGACACCAGACCCCCAUCCCGACACAAGACCCCCAUCCCGACACCAGACCCCCAUCCCGACACCAGACCCCCCAUCCCGACACAAGGCCCACAUCCCGACACCAGACCCACAUCCCGACACCAGACCCACAUCGCGACACAAGACCCCCAUCCCGACACAAGACCCCCAUCCCGACACCAGACCCACAUCCCGACACCAGACCCCCAUCCCGACACCAGACCCACAUCCCGACACCAGACCCACAUCGCGACACAAGACCCACAUCCCGACACAAGACCCCCAUCCCGACACCAGACCCACAUCCCGACACCAGACCCACAUCCCGACACCAGACUAAACCAAAUACACGCCACCAGAUCCAGCACCUAA